UUGGUUUUUUGUCCCUAUUCGCAUGCGUCCGUGUGAUCGGCCAUGGACCUCCGCGGCGUACCCCCGUCGCACCCGGAGCGCGUGCGAGCCGACGAGGUGCGCUAUCUCCACUCCCUCUGGCACCUCGGCCCCCCACCCUCCCCAAACCCUAACCCUAACCCUAACCCUAACCCUAACCCAAACCUUAGUCUCCGCCCCAUCCCUUCUUCCUCCUUCAAGAAGCAAGCGAAGAACAAGACGAAGAGGAAGCAAUGGGACCACGGCAAUGGCGAGACAGCUCAUUCCUCUCCACCGCUCGAUUCCGGUAAGGAAUGGCCCUGCCCCGCGCAGCCCGAUCCGAAGCCCUCGCCGGAGACCUGGGCCGACCUCGCCGCCGCAGCGGGGGCGCCGCCGCCGCAGAAGCCGCCCCCCUCAGCAGAGGAGCUCGCCCGCGCCGCCGCGACCCUGGCGCAGUACAACGGCGUAAAAGCAUCCAGGAGCUUCUUCUCUAAGAGGAAGCACGACGACGACGACGAGGAGGAGGAGCAAGAUGCAGAAGAAGACGACGACGAUGAUGAUAGGGACGUAGAUGAGGACGAAUCCGGCCAGUCGGGGACAAGCUUCAAGUUCUUCCUCGAGAUCUUUGAAAGCAACGGGGCAUUGAGGCAGUACUACGAGAGGAACUGCGAGAGAGGGGAUUUCGCGUGCUUGGUGUGCGAGGGGAUAGGGAAGAAGGGGAAGAGGUUCGGGAGCUGCGUGGGGCUCGUGCAGCACUCGAAUUCGAUCUCGAAGACGAGACGGAGAGGGGCGCACCGGGCGUUCGCCCGCGCCGUGUGCCGCGUGCUCGGCUGGGACAUGAAGAGGCUGCCGAGCAUUGUGCUCGACGCCGGCAACUCACUCGGUCAGUCCUUGGCUAAAGCAGCCAAUGCAAAGGAAGGUACAGAGAAAAAGGAUUCGUCGAGUCAGGAAGAAGUUUCUGGGAAUAAAGAAGAGAUUCCUAAAGAAGUUACCAAUAAGGAGGGAUGUCAUGAGGAUUCGACUAAUUUUGUGGAAACGAAGGAGAGCACUGAGCAGCAUAAUAAAGAAGUCAGUGACAACAAAGAGGAGCUUUCUAAUGAUUUAGCUGAGGAUCUCAAGACUAGUAAGGGAGACCAGAUAAAUGAUUUGUUAAAGGAAAACUAAAGAUGAAGAAAAUGGUGAUCCUGCAAUUUUCAGAACGAAAUCAGCGAAGAUCAAUGUAUAUAUUAGCUGAGGGCUCCUACUGUCAUCUCAUAUUCUUCUUGUGUAUAUACUAUUAGAGGUGGCUCAUGUGUCUUCUUCAAUCCUAUGUUAGAGUGACCUGUUUGAGGCAUUAAUCUAAUGACUAAUGUGCUCUUUGGCAAAAGGAUACCAAAGUAUUCUAGAUACUGAAGUUGUAGAGUUUUAAUGUCUCAUGUUAUCUCAGGUCCGUAAAAGGUUUUAAGAGAUCCUUUGAAUUGUAAGCCAAUUUGACUCAAUUAUCCUCUCUUUGAUUC